UUGGGAUGGGCCAUGUCGUUCGAGAGUAGACAUCGCCCGACUUCAAUGGCUCAAUCCGCCUACGAUAUUCGUUCGUAUUAGUAUCCUGGCUUUGACGUGGCUUGGCUGUUCAACCGGAACAGUCCUUUCCUCGGAGAAAGAAUUACAGCAAUUACGCGAAAACUAUGUACAACUCAAAGAAACUGUAGACAUCAAAAUAGCUCAACUUGAAUUCAAAUGUAAGCAGCUUGAAGAAAAAGAUGCCCAGCUCGAGGAAGAAAUCAGACUAAAAGAUCAGCAACUUAAAGAACUUCUAAGUUACAACGCUCGCAAUGCUCCAGAAGGAGCUGCUACGGACCUCAGAGCUGUCGGAAGUAACGCCAAUUUAAGACAAGGAACAACAAGAAUGCCCACUUCCUGCUUGGAUUUAAAAGCGGCGGGCUUUUAUUUAAAUGGAAUUUAUCCGGUUGUUGGAGCCCAACACAUUGAGCUAGUUCACUGUGAUUUUUCCAAGUUGACCUUCGAUCCUAGUUUCCAGAAAUGGAUCGGAUUCGCCGACGUUAAAUCGGCGCCAACCUACUUCCACGUCCAGAGAAUCACUAGGGAUGCAUUCAAACAAUCAAAUACAACGGUUUUGUUCAAUGUUGAACACUUGAACGUCGGGGGAGCCAUGGAUGUGAAGACAGGCAUAUUCACGGCACCUCGGGCGGGGAAAUAUUUCUUUUCCAUCACUGGACUUGCGUGGUUCCCAGUGUCUUCAUAUCGACGUAUUUUCUACAUCGGAUUGUACAAGAACAGCAAUCAAAUAGCGAUGGCUCACGCCGGUGAGGCCGGCACCUUAGGCCAAUGGGGACCGUUUUCUUCGCUAUCUACGCAAAAUCUACAAAAGGGCGAUCAGCUUUCCGUGGAGAUAUACAGAAUUUCGCCAGAUGUCUACUUGAACGGCAACGGUUUUGUUUAUUUCACUGGCUGGCUUAUGGAGGAAGAAGUUGUCUUGUCGCUGUAAAUAACGUCCUACUGGUCGUUAAAAUCUAAUGUAAGAUUCCUAUUCGAGUCAAUAAAUUGGCACAACAUAAAUAUUGAGAACGAUA